AUGAAAAAUUUGCUGAGAAGGGAAAAUUCCCCAAGUUUUAGAAAGGAGAAAAAGGACGUCAAGAGGAAAGAUGGGAAGGAGUCUCAAUCCUUUCAAGGAAUCACGUGCUUCAAAUGCAACGGACAUGGACAUCUCAAGAAAGAGUGUCCCAAUUAUUUGAGAGGGAAUGGCAAGGUGUAUGCCACUACUCUUAAUGAUUCAGACUCUUCCAAUUUAGAUUCGGAAGGAAGCUAUGAUGGAGAAGGGAACUACUCCUCCUUUAUGACCAUUGCUCUCGUUGAAUCUUCAGAUUACUUGAGUUUGAUAGUGGAAGAGCUUGGGGAGCACACUAUAGUGGAAUCAAUGGGAGUAGUAGAAGAAUCCAAUGUUGAGGAUGAUGAAAGAACAGUGGGACUGCAAGAAACAUACUAUUCCCUCCUUGAGAAGUCAGGAGAAUAUGCAAGAGUGGCUAAGGCAGCCAUUAAAAAGAUGAAAAGGGUAGAGGAAGAUUAUAAAAGUCUUCUAGUGCAAUAUAAGGAGACCAAAUGUGAAAUGGAGACACUGAACGGACAGUUAACCGAAGGUUAUUCAAAAAUCAAAUUCCUUAUCCUUGAGGUGAUUCAAGCGAAUGCUAAAGUAGAGCGGGUUUCCUCCAAGAAGCUUGAUGAUGUACUUGCUCAUCAAAAACCAUUCUUCGAUAGAAGCGGAUUGGGAUGCAUCGGAGAGAGCAAUUCGGUUGCUAAUAUAUCCAAGGAAAUGAAGUUUGUGAAAGCCAAGGAACUAAUGGUAGCUACCACUACUGUUGAGAAAGUGAAGGUGGAGAAGAAGCGGAAUGUGACUAGCCAAAGGUUAUUGACUAAGCCUCCUAACCAAUCAGUGGUCAAAUUUAAGGGUAAAGGGAAAUCUCUCCCAAAAUCACAAAGAGGUCCGAGAACUCAACAUUUCUGCCAUCAUUGUGGAAUUCAAGGACACACCAGACCCAAUUGUCAUAAGCUUCAAGCAUUGAAGAAUUCAAGUGCUCAAAGGUCGAGAGGACCAAAACAUGGCAAAGGGAAUCAAAUGUUCAAGAAGGUGAUCCUAGAGUGA